AUGUCACAAGAUAAAGUGACGAAAAUAGUCAAGGAGAUAAACACCUUGAAGACGAGCUGCGAGAAACUGAACGCCCAGCUGGAGGAACUGAUCACGCAGAAGGUGGAAAAUGAAAUUCUCCUCGAGGAGGUUAAAAAUUUGGAGGAUGAUGCCGUGUUGCACAAGCUGGUCGGCUUGAUUUUGGUUCGCGAGGAGAAAAAUAAAUGCUACGACACCAUCACACGGAGGAUUCACUACAUCACAGGGGAGAUGUUAGAACGAUUGGCGGCAUCUCCGCACGCUGAGUUGUGUCCACCCGUAUAUCUAUGCAGGGUGGAGUGCAGAUCGGAAAGCAGAGAAAACUGCCGCUCAAACUACCGCUCAAACUGCUGCUCGAAUUGCAGAUUGACUAGCCAAGCAAAUGCUGCCUACCCUCCCCUACAGCGAAAGCAGGAAGAAGGUCAUCAGCAACUCAGAGGAGAAACUGAAGAAGCUCUUUAG